GUAGGGUUUCCUGCACCGACACGCAUGCCCACUUCUCACGCCUCCGCCUCCAGAAACCCAGGGCGCGAUCACGGACGUACUCACGGGCCGUGCUCUUAUUCAACCGCUGCAAUGUUGAGCGUACUGGCGGCAAUCCUCGCCUUUGUCUGCGUCUUCAUUGGCCUCCCCUCGCCAGUGAAACCCGACCCGCUGUCGUCCACAGCGGCACAAGUGGCAUCAACAUCUUCAUUCAACUGCGCCUCCCCGCCCUUGAACAACUGCUCUUUCUACGCUGAGUGUCUAGAAACGCGGUACCACUGCGGGCCGCAGGGCUACCCCAUCGGAUACGGCCAGAAAUUCUGCACCAAGUUCCAAGCCCAGGCUACACGUUUCACGCCCGCCGGACAGACGUGGAUGGUCAACACGAUGCAUUGCUUGCAAGAGGCGCUGGUGCCCGAGGCUACGGGCUCUGCUAAUUCGUCGACGGACUGCAGCGCGUUGGAAGAUAGAGCGUUCUCGACCCACGCUCCAUGUUACAUCAAGAACGGUCUCUGCACGCUGCCACCUAUUGAUUGGGACGAGAUCAUCGAUGUCGUGGGUGUACAGACACUGUUCAAUUCUUGGGAUGCUCUGAAGGCGUCGCUUGCUGCUGGAGUGGACUGCUUGGAGUUCUACGGGCAUCUAGUAGCACGGUUGCUCUAGUGAUGAAGUGGAUUCAUUGGCUCAUAGCUGUGAAUGCAUUGAAGUUGUAAACAGCUGGGCGAUCGGUGAAACAGAAUCCUUUGGCUUCACAUUGAGCUACGAUUUGUCCUUUGCGCUCCAGUGUCACCAGCAUGCUGCCGCCGACGUCAAGUGGAUGAGACAACUUGUUGAUGCCGUAGCUAAUGGAGGUGAACGCGGGAGCAUUCUCGCCGCUACGCAAGCAGACAGUUCCAGCUCCGGACGACAGGAUCAGAACCCAAAACACAUCGUCCGUCUGGUAUUGACCGUUCAGACCACAUCGGGACUACGAUGGCCUGAAGCCUACCAAUUCCCAAUUCUCUGGACGGGGGACAGAGUCGGGAGCUGUAGCCGAUCGCGUGUGCGGGCGUCCCCAAACAAAAAUCUCGUCGCGCUCGAUCCUAGGAUACACCCCGUCCUUGAAGGCUCGGAUGAAAAACGCACUCAGCCGCAGCCAGGCUCCGUGCGGGAACCCGUCGACCCAGGCCUCGGAAUUCGGCUGCGCACCGCGAACGGUAGGGCAGAUGUAAUGCGAUUCUCCGUAGUCUGGAUGGACAUCAGCGCCGAUAAGGGAUUCAUUUCAGUGUAAAUGCAACCCACCAUUCCACGAGAUUAUCUGGAUGAUAUCGAUCGCAUCGCGGCGCGAGACGAGAUCCUCCCAUCGACGGACAAAAAGCCAGUCAUC